AUGCCUGGUCUGGGCGGGGCGGGGCGGCGAGGAGGGGGUGAUGGCGCGACUGCACUGCGCGGCCGAGGAAGUGCGACCGCCGCCGCAAACAGACGAGGCGCUGCUUCGAUUCCUUCAGCGGGAGGGUUUGGGAGGUGCAGGCGUGGCGGAUCUCGAAACCCUAGACACCGUGAGGCGCCGGCACGCGCGAGCACGGGCGCCAGCAGCGGGGAGGAGGGUGGAGGGCCGCCAGUGAGGACGGAGGAGGGAGGAGGGAGGAGGGCCGCCGGGCUGGAGGGAGGAGGAGCACACGGGGUGGCCGGCGGCGGAGUCGGGCAGCCUGCCGGCGUCAACACAGAGUAA